CACCUUUGCUAUUACUACUCUUCAUCCUUUUUGAAACGAGCUUGUAACCUUACAACUUGAAGACACUCCACAAUGACCAUGGGCAAAGGUUUCAAUCUCUUUCACACCCUUUUCUUAGUUAUUGCUUUGCAAUGUUGUGUGAAAGUGGGUGCCACUUUUGGCGAUGUCACCGGUGAUGUGAAUCUCGAUCAUCAAUUUUCAUUUCAUGCUCUUGGAUCACAUGAAACACAAGCCCCAACAGUUGCACCAAUUGGAAGUAGUACAGAAGUCCUAGUGGAUGCACCAGUUGGAAGCAUUGCUCAAACUCCGGAGGCUCUAAUCCUGGAGGGUAAAUCGAUUGGAAGCAUUGCUCAAACUCCGGAGGCUCUAACCCCGGAGGGUAAAUCGGUUGGUAGCAUUGCUCUAACUCCGGAGGGUGCAUCGGUUGGAAGCAUUGCUCAAACCCCCGAGGGUGCAUCGGUUGGAAGCAUUGCUCAAACCCCCGAGGGUGCAUCGAUUGGAAGCAUUGCUCAAACCCCCGAGGGUGCAUCGGUUGGAAGCAUUGCUCAAACCCCCGAGGGUGCAUCGGUUGGAAGCAUUGCUCAAACCCCCGAGGGUGCAUCGGUUGGAAGCAUUGCUCAAACCCCAACCAUUGCAUCACUUGGAAGUAGCACACAAGCGUGAGAGUAGCA